GGUGCUAAGAAGGUCAUUAUUAGUGCACCAAGCAGCGAUGCACCAAUGUUUGUUUGUGGUGUAAAUUUGGAAGCCUAUAAGCCUGAAUAUAAAGUGAUCUCAAAUGCUUCUUGCACUACCAAUUGCUUGGCACCAUUAGCCAAGGUUCUCCAUGAUGAAUUUGGUAUCAUUGAAGGGUUGAUGACUACAGUUCACUCUACAACUGCUACGCAAAAAGUUGUUGAUGCACAAAACAUUAUUCCCAGCUCGACAGGUGCUGCAAAAGCUGUCGGCAAAGUUAUUCCAUCCUUGGAUAAAAAACUUACUGGUAUGUCAUUCCGUAUCCCAACAACGGACGUAUCCGUUGUUGACUUGACGUGUCGUCUGGCUAAAGAAACUGAUUAUGAGACGAUAAAGGCUUGCAUGAAGCGUGCUUCUCAAAACGAACUGAAAGGAAUUCUUGAUUACACCGAAGAUGAUGUUGUUUCAACUGAUUUCAUUGGUGAUACUCACUCUU